AUGGCUUCCAGAUCAGAGGAGGAUCUCUGCUGUCCGGUCUGUCAGGAGGUCUUCAGAGAUCCUGUUCUUCUGUCAUGUAGCCACAGCUUCUGUAAAGUCUGUCUGAAGAACUGGUGGAGACAGAAUCCAUUACACCAGUGUCCAGUUUGUAAGAGAAGAUCUUCAAGAGAUGAUCCACCUUCAAAUUUGGCUCUCUGCAGUCUGCACUCUGAGAAACUCAGACUCUUCUGUCUGGACCAUCAGCAGCCAGUGUGUCUCGUCUGCAGAGAUUCGAGAAAACACUUCAACCACAGAUUCAGACCCAUCAAUGAAGCUGCACCACAGCACAAGAAAAUCCUUCAGGAAACUCUGGAGCCCUUAAAUGACAGGUUAAAGGUUUGUGAAGAAGUAAAAGUGAAGUUUGAUGCAACAGAAAAACACAUCAAGGUCCAGGCCCGACACACAGAGAGGCAGAUUAAGGAGCAGUUCAAGAAGCUUCACCAGUUUCUAGCAGAGGAAGAGGAGGCCAGGAUGGCUGCACUGAGGGAGGAAGAGGAGCAGAAGAGUCAGAUGAUGAAGGAGAAGAUGGAGGCUCUGAGCAGAGAGAUAGCAGCUCUUUCAGACACAGUCAGAGCCACAGAGGAGGAGCUGAGAGCUGAAGACGUCUCAUUCCUCAACAACUACAAGGCUGCAGUGGAAAGAGUCCAGCGCUGCCUCCUGCUGGAUGAUCCACAGCUGCCCUCAGGAGCUCUGAUAGACCAGGCCAAACAUCUGGGCAACCUGGCCUUCAACAUCUGGAACAACAUGAAGGACCUGAUCUCCUACACUCCUGUCAUUCUGGAUCCAAACACUAUUGAUCCAAGACUGAUCCUGUCUGAAGAUCUGACCAGUGUGAGAUUAGGAGAUGAACAACAACUUCCUGAUAAUCCAGAGAGGUUUAAUUUUUACUGUGGUGUCCUGGGCUCUGAGGGCUUUAACUCAGGGACUCACAGCUGGGAUAUUGAUGUUGGAGAUAACAGAUGGUGGUUACUAGGUCUGUUAGUAGAGUCUGCCCAGAGGAAGGGGGACAUACAAUCUGGAUUGUGGGAAAUAGGGUUUCACAAAGGUAAAUACUUAACAUGGUCACCACCAGAUCCUUCCACUUAUCUCCCAGUAAAGAAGAAGCUCCAGAGGAUCAGAGUGAAUCUGGACUGGAACAGAGGAAAUCUGUCCUUCUAUGAUCUUGAUACUAAAACACACAUUCACACCUUCACACACACUUUCACUGAGAGGAUGUUUCCGUACAUUGGAACUGGAGAUAAACUCCCUGUGAAGAUUUCACCAAUGGCUUCCAGAUCAGAGGAGGAUCUCUGCUGUCCGGUCUGUCAGGAGGUCUUCAGAGAUCCUGUUCUUCUGUCAUGUAGCCACAGCUUCUGUAAAGUCUGUCUGAAGAACUGGUGGAGAGAGAAAUCAACACACCAGUGUCCAGUUUGUAAGAGAAGAUCUUCAAGAGAUGAUCCACCUUCAAACUUGGUGUUGAGGAACCUGUGUGAGUCCUUACAGGAGAGAGAUCAGAGAUCUCCAGAGGCUCUCUGCAGUCUGCACUCUGAGAAAUUCAAACUCUUCUGUCUGGACCAUCAGCAGCCAGUGUGUCUCGUCUGCAGAGAUUCAGAAAAACACGCCAACCACAGAUUCAGUCCCAUCGAUGAAGCUGCACGACAGCACAAGAAGAACCUUCAGGAAACUCUUGAGCCCUUAAAGAAGAAGUUAAAGGUUUGUGAAGAAGUAAAAGUGAAGUUUGAUGCAACAGAAAAACACAUCAAGGUCCAGGCCCGACACACAGAGAGGCAGAUUAAGGAGCAGUUCAAGAAGCUUCAUCAGUUUCUAGCAGAGGAAGAGGAGGCCAGGAUGGCUGCACUGAGGGAGGAAGAGGAGCAGAAGAGUCAGAUGAUGAAGGAGAAGAUGGAGGCUCUGAGCAGAGAGAUAGCAGCUCUUUCAGACACAGUCAGAGCCACAGAGGAGGAGCUGAGAGCUGAAGACGUCUCAUUCCUCAACAACUACAAGGCUGCAGUGGAAAGAGUCCAGCGCUGCCCCCUGCUGGAUGAUCCACAGCUGCUCCCAGGAGCUCUGAUAGACCAGGUCAAACAUCUGGGCAACCUGGCCUUCAACAUCUGGAACAAUGUGAAGGACCUGGUCCCCUACACACCUGUCAUUCUGGAUCCAAACACUGCUCAUCCAGAUCUGAUCCUGUCUGAAGAUCUGACCAGUGUGAGACGAGGAGAUAAACAACAACUUCCUGAUAAUCCAGAGAGGUUAGGUCGUUACUGUUCUCUCCUGGGCUCUGAGGGCUUUAACUCAGGGACUCACAGCUGGGAUGUUGAGGUUGGAGAUAACACAAAAUGGUUUCUGGGUGUAUUAGCAGAGUCUGGUAAGGGGAAGGGAGACAUACAAUCUGGAUUGUGGGGAAUAUGGUUCAAUGGAGGUACAUACUUCACAUAUUCACCACCAGAUCCUCCCACUGAUCUUUCACUAGACAAGAAGUUCCAGAGGAUCAGAGUGAAUCUGGACUGGGACAGAGGAAAUCUGUCCUUCUCGGAUCUUGAUACUAACACACACAUACACACCAUCACACACACCUUCAGCCUCUUCUUCACACAAAGUUUCACUGAGAGGAUGUUUCCAUAUGUGGAAACAGAAGAUAAAGUCCCUGUGAAGAUAUUACCAGUGAAGCAUAGCUAAAAUUUUGUAUUUAAUUUGUCCAUAUAGCACAUUAAAGAAAAAUUAUGCUUCAUCAGUUUUAAGGCGGACUUGUCAAUUUGGGCUCAGUCUUGAUUUAAAGUUAUUGAUUUCAGAGCUGAAUGUUUGUCUCUUCAGAAAUGAAAACCUUCCAGAUGAUCCAGAUGUCUGAUCUGAUGAUGUGAGCUGUAUUUCAUGUAACAUAUUUGUGUGGUAAUGAGUAUUGUGUGAAGAAAAUCAAGAAGCCUAAACUGGUGUAAAGAGUAAGAGUACUGCAGUUAGCCGUAAACCGGGUGUAUAAAGAAGAUCAAGAAAAAGACCACAAACAGAGGUUGUAAUCCAACUCUAAAUCCAAAUAUCAACUUCAGUUAAUCCUCAGGGUGUUUGAUAAUGCAAUGGUCCUCAAGGGAACAUCUGUUCUGUUUCGAUUUUGUGUAUUUAGUUUAGCAUUUGUGGAAGUAAAUCUGCUCUGCUGUGAAAUCUGAACCAUGCUUUAAG